GUCUGGUAGUAUCGAAACUCUCCGUAAAGAGCUUCAGGCCAUCCGCCACGGGACUUUAACAAUUCUCAAUAACCUGCAAUUGCUGACAGAGUCUUUCCUCAUGGCGCAACCUGUCUUAUCGAAUUCCUGGGACUCAAGCAAUGUUCCUGAGCUCCCUAGGAUCAAUCCCAGCCUGUCACCUUUGGUUAUGAACAAUCCUGGGGGUAUGGGCUCUUCUGGACCACUGAAUAUGCAGAACUCUACAAACCCCAGUCUUCUGAGCGCGCAGACGGUCAAUUCUAGUCCUUAUACUCCGCAUGGUCUUCCUAACGCAAACAGCGGUCUAUAUCUCCCAGGUCCAAAUAUGUUUGGAGCACCUAUAACGAAUAAUGGGUUCUCUUUUUCUCAGGUUCCUGAGCAAUUUACUACGUUUCCUCCGCAAUAUACGCACAGCAAUGACUCAUUUCCCAACAUGCAGAGCCAAUUUGGUGGAUCAGUUAGCCUGGACAGCACUGGGCAGAGUCAGUACCGGAAUAAUGGGCCCCAGGGGUCUGAGUUUUCUCAAGCGGGCUUACAAGGACCCUCUGCGGCGGCUGGACAGAGCACUUCUCCAUUCGUACCUCCGAAUACUUACUAUCAAGACGUUUUCCCUUACCCCGCUCAGGUCUUGCAGCAGUUUAUCCCAUAUCAAAACAUGGCACAGGUUCCGCAUACUACAAGUAUCCAGUCGGCAUCACUAGGGACGACGAGCCAGGAUGUCUCUGUAAUUCCUUCGCUUAAUCGGCACGCAUCAUUUCGAUCCCGCCCAUAUGGCCAGUUUCCGCAAGCAGGAGUCUCCCCCACAUCUACAUCGAUUCAUCAUAGGCGGCAGCAUCGCACUCAUAGUAUUGCUUCAAGUGCCCCGUCUGUCCAACAGCAACAUAGCAGGGCAAAUUCUCAAAAUUUACAUUUGCGAACUCGGUCUAUAAGGGAGCCGAGUACGUCAAAUGGGCUUUCACCACAUAUCCACAGGAGUCACACUACGAUGACUGGAACAUCGCAUAUUUUGCCCAAUACGGGAAGCGAGACUCAGCUGGCCCCAUCACUCACUCAGCAGGAACAAGUAGAACUCGCUCGAAGACUCCAAAUGAGAGAGAUACUGCGUUCCGCGCGAUCCAAUGAAACCCAUGCUUUGCAGCUAUACGAGGAAAGCUACUUUCGCCGGCAUCGUCGUCAACAGGAGGAAGCAGUGUCGCAUGCCAAGGGGUUGGACGAUCAGAAGGAUGGACGCCCGGAACCCAAGGAUGACGAGGAGCUGACUGUCAACCUCGAGUGUAAAAUCUGUAUGAGCCAGCUUGUGGAUACUGUUCUCAUUCCUUGUGGGCAUGCGAUUCUUUGUCGCUGGUGUGCUGAGCAGCAUUCGCGGUCGGAUCGGUCCCGAUCCAAGGCAGCGGUGCUAUGCCCACUCUGCCGCACUCCUGUGAAGCAGAAGCUCCGCAUCUAUCUCUCGUAAUCUACUACUCUAGUGGAGGAGGAUACCAUGUGUGGCGGGAUCUACGAGUUACGACCAUUAUGUAGUGCAUCUCUAGCCUCUCCUUGCUUUCUUGUUCUUCUAUGACUUAUUUUCGCUUAUUUCUAUCCAUUCUCGCAUCUUUGGAUUAAUUGGGGCGGUUAUCGCAUUAUUUGGAGUACAGGUUCCAGCGAACGACUAUCAGCAGUUUCGGCCACGUAAUCUUCGCCUAGUACCGAGUCAAUAACAUCCAUAUUGAGAA